AUGGUCCUCUCGCGUGCGGCGCUCAAGGGUAUCGCCGCCUACGAGUACCACCCCGGCGCGCUCACAUGGCUCGACACCAAGUUCAACCUCUACUGGAACGCAAUCGUGAACGUACUGCCGGCGUGGCUCGCACCCAACGUGAUUACGCUCGUCGGCACGGCCAUUACCGUCAGCACGUCGCUUGCAUUCUUUCAAAGUGUGCCCUCGAUGACCGAGACCGCCCCUUUCCACAUGUACCUCCUCUGCGCGAUCGGGCUCUUCCUCUACCAGACGUGCGACGCAGUUGACGGCAAACAAGCGCGACGCACCGGAAGCUCGAGUCCCCUCGGGCAGCUCCUCGAUCACGGCGGCGACGCCAUCUGCAAUGUCUUUAGCAACUUGGCCGUCGGCGUUGCGAUCGGGACAGGUCCCACCUCGGGUCUCCUCCUCCUUCUCUCCAGCACCUCCGUGGUCUUUUUCCUCGCGCAGUGGGAAGAGUACCACACGGGCACAUUACGCUGUGGCAACGGCUACGUGGGCGUGACGGAAGGGCUCUUGCUGCUCAUGGCGCUGCAUAUCGUCACUGCCUUUCUCGGACACGUCUUCUGGGACGCUCGGAUCACGUCAACCCUCUCGGUCCGCGAUGGCCUCUUGCUGCUCGUUGCUGUCGCCAUGACGUUGCAAGGCGUUGACAAUAUCCAAAUGGUCUGCGCCGCGAUGGACAAGAAAACGCCACGCGGCUCCAAGACCCAAGCGCUUCUGCAGUUGAUGCCGACCGCGAGCAUCGUCCUCGGGUCUAUUGUGUGGAUGCUGCACGAUGACGUGGCAGCGUACGGCUAUCCUUUCUUUCUCGCGAUUGGGCUGUCCCAUGCGAUGCUCUCGUCGCGUAUGAUUGUUUGCCACAUGUGCAAAAUCCCAUUUGCGGGCCACGCCGACGUGGUGUGUCUCCUCGGUGCCGCGCUCGCAGCACUCGUUUCGACCAGUCGUGUCCACGGCGCGUUUAUUGCAACCGUGUACCUCAGCGUCGUUGUCGUCGUGCAUGGCUGCUACAUGGCGUGCGUCGUGCGCGAGAUUGGCGCGUACCUCGGCAUUGCGCUCUGGCGCAUCAAGACUAAGAACUGA